UUCCCUAAAUAUCUAAAAGUAUUCAUAUUCUCUUCAUGUCAUAUUAUGCUCCUUCCAGUGCUGUUGUUUUUAGGUUAGAGUUUUUAUCCAAUCAGAAUUCAGCUAUCUUAUGUUGCCAGGCUGUAUGAAAUCUGCCCGGGCCUUCAGAAUCAACAAUGCGGGCGUCUGUGCACUGUAAGUGAACGGGCAAAUACAGUUGAUAGAUAGUUGCGAUAGCCAAUCAGAUCACGAGUUGUGUCAGUAAGGCCCUCUAGCUCAUGCUCUAGCUGGCCUCACGUUGAACGUGACAUUUACGCGUCCUGUGAUUGGAUAUCGAUACUUACUAGUUUGAGCCACGGCAGUGCUAUGCAGAUCAACAGAGUCACACCCGGCCGGGACUGUUAACGACGUUUUGAGUUUUGUGUUGCCAUAGAAACCAUAGAGGUGGAGAAAAAAGCCGACUGCGGGAGGAAGAGUGAAACUUGGAAGAUAUCAGCAGGAUAGGAGACGGAAACUCGAAGAUUUCGUUAGUGAGAGCCUUCAGAGACAACAGGCAGAGAUGAAUCGGGACUCAAAGAGGCUGCCUGCGGGGACCAGCCCGCUGCAGACAGGACAUGACACGAGCUUUGCCCUCUUGGAUCUGCAGCAGAAACGCAGAGAAGCAGAUUUGCUGGACGAAAAGCUCAAGGAGCGCAAACAGAAAUUGGAGAACUUACAGCAGUGUGCAGAUGAGUUGGAGGAAGAGAUAAAGAAAGUAAAGGAGUUCAGUUGUGAUACGUUGCUGAAGACUCAGGCUGCAGAUGAAGCUGCUGAUAGAGCAGAGAGGGAGAGGAAAGAGGAGAUUCGGGUGCAGGAGGAUCUGGAGAGGUUAAAGGUGGAGUGUGCCACAUUGAGGGAGACAAAUGAGGAGCUGAAGAGUCAGGUGGACAGACUCGCUAUGUCUAAGAAAUUCCUGGAACAAGUGGUCAAAAUGACAAAGUUUGAUGAUAUAGAGGCACUCACGGCUCAUUGUGAGAAUCUUCUCCACUUUCGAGACCAACUGUAUCGGAGGGAGAGUGAGGCGCUGGAGCAGGUCGACCAGGAGAGAAAAGCACUGCUGACACUGGAAGACAAGCAUCACUUCCUGCGGCUGCACAAGAACAACCAGCUGUCCAAGCUUCAGACCGAGCUGGAGGAGACACGCUCCGAAGCUCACACAUGGGAGAGAAAGUGGAACCACAUUCAGGAAACGGCAGCAAAGAAGACACUCCGACUGGGACAGAUCAAGAUAGCCACUCUCAACCUCUUUGAAAUGAUAGAUGAUAAGGUAAAAGAUGAGGAAGCUGUGGAUAUAAACGACACGGAGAAACAGCUGGACCAGCUCAAGAUGUUCUUCCAGGACCAUCAGGACAUGGUGAAUAAACAUCAAACUCCCUCACAGAGACAUGAUGGACAGAAAAAAGACAAGCGUGUUGUAAAAAAAACAUAGUUAUAAAUGCCUUAAACAUACCUUUCCCUGCUGCUUUAAAACUGAACAAGUAUUGAAUAAACUCUGCAAUUUAAAUGAACCAUGAACUUGAAGACAGUAACCCUCAAUAAACUGACACUGAGGUCAAACAACAACUGAUUAAUCCUCCUGCUUUGCUACUUACAGUAGUAAAACUAGAGACAUGUUUAUAGUUCAUGCUGGGAAGUAUGCUAAGAGCCGACCAAUAUUUCUCAAAAAACGUAUUACGUCAUUGUAAUAAGCAUGGCUUGAUUAUAUGAGCUUGACUCAUUUUAAGCUCUGAAAUGGUUCUGACAGUAGGAACUAUAUUUGAGGAUGACUCAUUUAACCAGUGGUGGAAUGUAACUAAGUACAUUUACUCAAGUAUUGCUUACACUUUAGAUAAAAAACAAACAAUAUGUUUGUACUGUAUACUAUAUGAUAUGAUGUAGAGCUCUACUACUAAUUAUAGUAUAUAAUAAUUAUAGUAGUAGGUAACACAAAACACAUUAAAAUGCUCUAAGAUAUAUUUUUAGUGAUCAAAACAGAAUAAUAUAAUGUUCUAUAACAAUAUAACACUGUGGAAGAAACUGAUCUGUAUAAUGAGUACUUUUACUUCUCAUAUUUUAAGUACAUCUUGCUGAUAAUACUUAUCUACUUUUUUUAAGUAACAUUUUGAAUCCAGUACUGUAAUUUGUAAUUUAGUAUUUUUAGGUUAAGGCAUUUCUGGUCAAGUAAAUAUUUCGGUGCUUCUUCCACAUUUGAUA